UCCCCGGUGAACUCCAGACGUCAUCGGCGCAGGGCUAUAGAUGGAGCUCGGCAGCCCAGGCCAGCGCCAGUGCGAGCCCAGCCGAGCUGAGUGAUGGUGGCGGCGGCGCUGGAGGCAGCUGGCGGAGGCUGGGGGGAUGCUGGCGCAGGAUGCUCCCGGAGCCUGCUCUGCCUCUAGCUAAGGAGCUGCGCCGAGCCGCGAAGGGCUGAAGGCGAAGCGAGGGAGGAAGAGGAGGGACUCCGAGGGUUUGCCAGCAGAGCUCUGCUCCCCCACCCCCCAAGAGGAGGCCGUCGGGAGCCCCCCCCCCAAAAGGAGGCCGUCGGGAGCCCCCCCCUCACCUUUUCUUGGAUCUUCUCCCCCCCCUCCCCCAUCCCUUUCCCCUUCCCCUCCCCUCCCCCUCCCCCCCUCCGUCCCUCAGCCUCCCUCCGGCGCAGCGCCCAAGGAAUGAUGAAAAAGAACAAUUCGGCUAAAAGGGGGCACCAGGACGGGCAGCAGCCUCCUGCGCCGCCGGAGAAGGUAGGAUGGCUGCGGAGGUUCUGCGGGAAGGGAAUUUUCCGGGAGAUCUGGAAAACUCGCUACGUGCUGCUGAAGGGAGAUCAGCUCCUGAUGGCCGAGAAGGAGGUGAAAGAUGACAAAAGCAUCCAGGAGGUCUUUGAUCUGAGUGACUAUGAGAAGUGUGAAGAGCUCAGGAAGUCCAAAAGCAGAAGCAAAAAGAACCACAGCAAAUUUACCCUUGCCCACUCCAGGCAGCCUGGGAACACGGCACCAAACCUGAUCUUCCUGGCAGUGAGCCCAGAGGAGAAGGAGUCCUGGAUCAAUGCCCUCAACUCUGCCAUCACCCGUGCCAAGAACCGCAUCCUGGACGAGGUCACUGUGGAAGAGGACAGCUACCUGGCACACCCCACGCGGGACAGAGCCAAGAUCCAGCACUCCAGACGCCCUCCCACGCGGGGACACCUCAUGGCUGUGGCAUCUACCUCAACCUCGGACGGGAUGCUGACCCUGGACCUGAUCCAGGAGGAGGAGUCCUCCCCCGAGGAUCCCAGCAGCUGCGAGCGCAGCUUCCGAGUGGACCUGGGCAGGUCUGCGGCGCAGCUGAGCGCUGCCAGGCGCCGCUCGGCUUCCGACGACGCCAAACCCUCCCCGCAGGCUCCCACCGGCAGCCUCCCCCGCAGGGAUGGCAGCUCCUGGGGCACGCCUGGGCAGCAGCAGCAGCAGCAGCAGCAGCAGCAGCAGCAGCAGCAGCAGCAGCAGCAGCAGCAGCAGCAGCUGCAGGACUCCUUGGCCAAAGGGACCAUGUACACCCCCCAGGUGCCCAAGAGGCUCUCGCAGUGCCAGAAGAGCAGAUGUGCCUCCAUGGAGGAGAUCUUAGCCUGCCGGGACCCUGCCCCACCGCGGGGGGGGCUGAGGAGGGGGCUGGAGGCUCAGCUGGCCCCGGCAGAGCCUGAGCAGCUCUCCAGGAUCCAGCACUUGGUUGCCCUCAAGCUGGAAAAGACUCAGGAACUGCUGACGGAGGUGAAAGGCUUUGGAGAAGCCAAGAGGAAGCCCAAGGACUCCUCCUCCUCCUCCUCCACCACCACCACCACCACCACCAGCACCACCAGCACCUCCUCCUCUUCCUCUUCCUCUUCCAAGUCGGACUCAGAAAGGAUCCUGCAGGAGUCUGAGAGGUUGCUGGGGGAGGCUUCGUCCACCUGGAGCCAAGCCAAGAGAGUGCUGCAGGAGAUCAAGGAGCUGAGGGACCUGUACAGGCAGUUUGAACUGCAGCAGUUGGACUCCAAAGCCAGACAGAGCUCACAGUCCCACUUCAGGAAGAGUAUGAUGUGAAGAAGGCCAAGCCCUGGGCAUAGGGCUGGGGGGAAAGGGGGUCCAGGUGGGGCUGGGGUUGGUUUUUAACUUCCUAUCAUCAUUUACAGGGUUCAAAAGAGCCCAAACCUGCCUCUGCCCACCCCCAGCUUCAGCCUUGCCUCUCCCCUGCCCAAGAAAUCCACUCCCAGGUGAUGCCUCCUGAGCUUUUAAGCUGCAGCCUUUGCACCUCCCCCCCCAGGCUCUCCCCCAGCCCCAAAGCUUUGCUCAUGCCUGGAGGAGAGAAGAGAAGCAGCCAGAAGCUGCCCCCCUGCAGCAGCAGCAGCAGCAGAGGGAGGACCACAGGGGCAGGAUGCUCUGGUGGCUCUGCCUGGGCUGCUGUCAGCUCUGCAGCUGUGGCCCUGCCUCACAGCUCCUCCAGCCAAGAGAUUCCACUGGGAAGAAAGGACACAGAAUUAACCCCCCCCAACCCCCCAACCCCCCCCACCCAAAGCUCAGAGGCUCAGCCCCAGGCAGUGCUUGGAGGUUGCCAUCACCCAGGGACUGUCUGGAAGAGGCUUGGGAGGUUGAGGCUGACCUCAGGCUGGGCUGCAGCUGGUGCAGCUCCCCUGGCUGAACCCCCCUGAAGUCGGCUCUUGGAGGGGGGGGGGGGAGUAGGGGUUGGGGGGGGUCCAUUUACAACCCUCCAGGCUGUAACAGGUCUGCAAGGUGUGGCCAGGCUCAGCCUCUGCCCCUCCUGGCUCCCCCUCCCCCCUCCCCCAAUGUCUUCCUCGCUGUGCACACAGAGCAGCAGAGCCUCGAACCCCCUCAGGGGCUGCUCCGGGGGGGUCAUUUUCUGGCUUUUCCUUAAGGUUUUUGCUCCUCUGAGGGGAAAUGGCAGAAAAUCAGGGGGCUGGGAAGAGGCAGAGCCCAAAGGGGUUGGUUUGGUCCUGCUGUGCCAGCAGCCCCCGGGGGGGGGGGGGGGGGGUUGCCCUAGGACCAGAACCAGGCUUAACCAAACCAGUGAAAGCUGAGCCUGCAGCCCAGGGCUCAGGUGCCCUCCUCAGGGUGAUGCCAGGCACUUGGCCCAGCAGCUGGCUCAGUUUUCAGGCCUCUAACAACAGCAGCAAGAGGAGGGAAGGAGGAGCUGAGGAUGGAUGCCAGGGCCAGGAGGUUGCCAGCCUCGGGGUGGCUGCGCUGGGGGUGGGUUGGGGCUGGGGCAGGGCUGGGUUGGGUCUUCCUUUUGCUGUUGGUUUUGGGACCCAAAUGCCCUUCCCCAAGCUGCAAAUGCUCCAUGCCAACAUUAAACCCAGCAGAGUGAUC